AUGGCAGUCUUCAAAUCCACACCUAUAACCACCGGCUGGGAGUUCAAACAAGUUGGAGCUGUCGGUGUGCCGGAAUGGACGGGUGGUUUCCUCUCAGUCGCUCAGUUCCCCACGAACGUGCACCUGGACUUGAUGAAACACAACAAGAUACCGGACCCUUACAUUGGAUUGAACGAGCAUGAUGUCCAGUGGGUCGGAGAGCAAAAGUGGCUGUACAGAACCCAGUUCAGUCAUGAUGGCCCAGAUUCUUCCGUUGAAAAAGGUAAAAAAUAUGUUCUCCGGUUCGAGGGUUUGGAUACGUUCGCCACCGUCUCAUUGAACGGGCAUUCUAUUCUGGAAUCAGAUAAUAUGCACCGCACCUAUCGCAUUGACAUCGCCAAUACCAUCCAGGAGGGUACAAACACUCUUGAAAUCCUUUUCGAUGUUCCGCUAGUCAGGGGGCGAGAACUAUUAGAAAAAUUUGGCCACCACACGGUCCAGUUCAACGGAUCCACGGAGAAAAGUCGCGUCUUUGUCAGGAAAGCGCAGUACCACUACGGCUGGAAUUGGGGACCCGAGCUCACAACCUGCGGCCCUUGGCGCCCGAUCAUCUUGGAGGAGUAUUCGGCAAAGGUUUCAGACCUAUCGUGUCGUAUAACCGUUGAUACAGACCAAGAAUCUGCCUUGAUCAAGGUUGUCGCUGAGACUGAGGAUUGCAAUGCCGAUGACAUUAUCAAACUGACAAUCACCGAUCCAACUGGCAAAGCGACGGGCGACUCUGUCAUGCUGCCUGUACGCGAAAACCUGGCAAACUUCACUGUCGAUAUCCAGGACGCGCAAUUUUGGUGGCCAAUUGGCUAUGGGCAGCAGCCUUUGUAUAUCUUAUCCGCCGAACUACUCCGGAACGGGAUUUGCAUUCACUCGAUCACGAAAAGAAUCGGACUUCGAGAAGCUAAGCUCGUGAUACAACCGCUAAAGGAUGCACCCGGAACUUCCUUUUUUGUUCAGGUGAACGGCGUGCCAAUCUACAGCAACGGAUCAAAUUGGUGUCCAGCAGACCACUUUGUGCCCAGAGUGAGCCCUGAGCGCUACCGUACGCAGCUGAACCUACUGGCCGAGGGUAAUCAAAACACUGUGCGCGUCUGGGCAGGCGGUAUAUUCGAGGAGGAUAUUUUCUAUGACAUUUGUGACGAGCUCGGCCUCCUGGUUUGGCAGGACUUUCUGUUCGCUUGCGCGGCGUACCCGGCGCAUGAGAGCUUCAUUCAAAAUAUCACAGCUGAGGUGGAAGACAAUGUCUCUCGUCUGCGUCACCACCCUUCCAUUGUUGUUUGGAACGGCAACAACGAAGAUUACCUUUUCGCCGAGCUCUUCAAGACAAACUACGACAUCACAGAUAAGAACCCGGAGAACUGGUUGAAGUCGACAUUCCCAGCCCGAUAUAUAUACGAAAUUACUCUACCUGCUCUUUGCAAGAGGUUGAUUCCCGAUUCUAGCUACCAUCCGGGCUCCCCAUGGGGCGGUGAUUCCUUCAAUAAUCCCCUUGUUGGAGACACGCACAGAUGGGAAGUUUGGCAUUAUCUUCUUCCCUGGCAGAAGUAUCCGCAACUGAAGAGUCGCUUCAUUUCAGAGUUCGGUAUGGCGUCGCUCCCGCAUAUCAAAACCAUCGAUUCCUAUCUUGUCGAAUCACCGGCCUCUGAGAGGCAUCCACAUUCACGUACGGUUGACGAACAUAACAAAGAGCACCAACAUGAGAGAAAGAUUGCAACAUAUCUGGUCGAAAACUUCAAGUACACCUAUGACCUGGAGGACUAUAUCUAUGUUACACAGCUCAAUCAAGCCGAAGCUAUGACCUGCGCUCUGCGGUCAUGGCGAAGAGAAUGGCAGGGUAAGGGCAAAGAGUACUGCGGUGGAGCCCUCAUAUGGCAGUUCAACAGCACUUGGCAAGUGACAUCGAAAGCGCUCAUUGAUUACUACAAUCGCCCGAAAAUGGCAUAUUUCACGGUCAAGCGCGAUAUGGCGCCCAUAACCAUCGGCAUGGCGCGAACAGAGACCAAGGCCCCCGGGAUGAAGCACACACGAGCUUUUAUAAAUUCGGAGGUAAAGCUCGAGGGCUGGGUGACAAAUAUGAAACUCAGCAAAAUGAGGCUCCUGCUGUCACUGCAGGUGUUCGCCCUUUCGACAGGAAAGGUACUCUUCUCGAAGGAAGAAACCUGUGAACUGGCACCCAACUCAAGCUCAGACUUGUUUGAGUUUGCACUCUCUGACAUAGAGACCAAGAAUAAAGGCGAGCCCCUCAUCGUUUCAGCGCGACUUUUGGAUCCAUCUGACAAUACGGUCAUCGCUCGUUGCACCAAUUGGCCGCAGCCUUAUCGCUAUCUUCAUAUGCCUCAAGCCCUGCUGCGGAUUCGAGCGGAGAACGGAAAGGUCUAUGUGAAAACAGAAGACGUUCCGGUCAAGGGCUUGCUGCUGUAUGUUGAUGAUGUGGACUCAGUUAAGUUUGAUGAUAACUGCAUUGAUCUUGUUCCUGGCGACGAGCAGGUCAUUGCGUUGACGGGAUUGGACAACCAAAAACUGCGUUUUAGAUAUUACGGAAUGGAGAGGGAUUAG